AUGCCAAAUAGAGGUGGCAGGAAUUCAUCGGGCCCGUGGGGUCGCCUCAAGCCCGUGGAGCAAGACCCUCUGGAAAGCAUCGGGCUCCCAUCCAAGGGCGACACCAGGUUACUGGACCUCAAGACUCAAGAGAACUACUACACCAAGAUAGUGGAGCGCUACAUGACGUUUUGCUCCGAUGCAGGUCAGCGGGACGAACUGCUUCGGAGGUUCUCGUCACUGGAAAUAUCAUCAUCAAAACCAGCCUCUACUCCCGCUAGCUCUCGGCCUUUUCUACCCACAGUUGAUCAUGAAAAGCUUCAAAGCCCUGCCAACACCAAGGCUCUGUCCGAUGUCAUGGCGGCUCUACGAAAACUUAGAGAGGGCAUUGUCGCCACGAAGCGGGCUGAUGAUUUCGCUGCACAAGCCUAUCUUUUCUGCAUUCGACUCUCCAUAUUAGUCAAACAUCCCGAGUCCUAUCACCCAGCUAUUCUUCACUUGCUGCGUUCGAUCCACCCGCAGCAGCCACUCACAUCUGUCGAACUUCAAGAGGUGGUAGGCUAUCUGGUACUGGAUACCGCUUGUCGACGCGGGGAACUGGCAGAAGCCUUUGCACUGCGGCGGAGAUAUGAGUUAAAGGACUCUAAAGUAAACGCGGCACUAACAGCGUUGACGCACGACAACUAUGUCGUGUUUCAGAAAGUGAAGCGGAGUGUAGAUGGGCAUCGGGCAAAGAUUAUGGAGUGGGCAGAAGGUGAUGUGAGAAUGCACACUCUCAAAUGCUUUGGGAGAACGUACCUGUCGGUCGAAUUGGACUUUUUGGAAAAGACAACGGGGUCAAAGUGGUUGGACCUGAAGCAGGCUGACGGGGUUGGCUGGGACCUGGAGGGAAGCAAGGUGGUGAUUCGCAAAGUCAGGGCACGCAAAUACCACCCCAUCGAUAGCAUUUCACACCGUCUGCUCCUUUCUAUGGCGCCGGCGAGAAAGAGGCCGAGAGCCGCGCAGUCCGAUGAUAGAACCACGUCGGUGCUCCUCGCUGAUUAUCGCACCGCCUGGCUCCUCGCAUCCGACGAGCCAUCAGUUGAAAUUAUCUGCAAAAACGAAACUUUCAAGGUCCACACGAGCGUCCUCAAGCAGCAUUCAGAAUACUUUGAAACCUGCCUGAGCAAGCCAUUUACCGAGUCGGAUGGCGUAGUUCGCUUUGAUGAUAUCGAGCCCCGGUACUUGGCAUUUUACCUGGGCGUGGCAUACAGCUACUCAUCCAUCAUGCCGCACACGCCCCCAGCCCCCUCUAUGAAUCCCGAGGCCAAGGCACUGCGCACGCCUCUCCGGGACUAUAUAGAGGUGUACAAGCUAUGUGAUCGGUUUCUAAGCACCCAGAUGGGCGAAUUUAUGCUCAAGUGCAUCAAAACGAGCAUCGGAGACGGUCACCGUGCCUUGUUUCGCUCGUUUGCGGAUGAGGAACAACAAAAGGCGCUAAUGAGAGAUUUCGCGGAUGGAUACGAGGCGCUUGAGCACGGCCAUGCGUUGCAAAAGGAGCUUUCGGAGUGGAUUAUUGAAUAUUUUGUCGAGGGCAUCUCAUACGAGGCUUGGGAUGGCUAUAUGGAAGAGGUGAUGCACAGACCCAAGUUUGUGGCGCAAGUUUCCAAGGGAUUUGCGAGGAAGUUGUCGGAAGCCAUGUCUGCGAGAUCCAAGAUGAAGCGCAAAGAGCUUGGCGGUCCAUGA